AUGACGGAGACCACCAAGACCCACGUUAUCCUGCUGUCCUGCGGCACCUUCAAUCCCAUCACCAAGGGCCACAUCCAGAUGUUCGAGAGAGCCCGUGAGUAUCUGCACAAGACUGGACGGUUCAUCGUCAUCGGUGGCAUUGUCUCACCAGUUCAUGAUUCCUAUGGGAAGACGGGCCUGGUGUCCAGCCGGCACCGCCUGACCAUGUGCCAGCUGGCUGUGCAAUCUUCCGACUGGAUCCGGGUGGACCCCUGGGAGUGCUACCAGGACACCUGGCAGACCACCUGCAGCGUGCUGGAGCACCACCGUGACCUGAUGAAGAGGGUGACCGGCUGCAUCCUCUCCAAUGUCAACACUCCCUCCAUUACCCCUGUGAUCGGACAGCCCCAGAAUGAGUCUACGCAGCCUAUCUACCAGAACAACAACGUGUCCAACAAGCCCACCGCAGCAAAGAUCCUGGGGAAGGUAGGAGAAAGCCUGAGUCGGAUCUGCUGCGUUCGCCCACCCAUGGAGCGCUUCACCUUUGUGGAUGAAAAUGCCAACCUGGGGACUGUGAUGAGAUACGAGGAGAUUGAACUGCGCAUCCUCCUGCUCUGUGGUAGUGACCUGCUGGAAUCCUUCUGCAUCCCUGGCCUCUGGAACGAGUCUGAUAUGGAGGUGAUUGUUGGGGAGUUUGGGAUCGUGGUGGUGCCCCGGGAUGGAGCAGACCCUGAUCGGAUCAUGAACCACUCCUCAAUACUCCGCAAGUACAAAAACAACAUCCUGGUGGUGAAGGACGACUCGAACCACCCCAUGUCGGUCGUGAGCUCCACCAAAAGCAGACUGGCCCUGCAGCACGGGGAUGGACACGUUGUGGAUUACCUCUGCCAGCCUGUCAUCGACUACAUCCUCAAGAGCCAGCUCUACAUCAACACCUCCGGCUAAGUGCCAGAGGCCCUGCAGCAGAACAGCCCU